AUGGCGGCCCGGCCGAACCGCGACCUCGCCACUGAUGAAAGUAUAGAACCCAACGAUAGUGCAUCCUUGUAUCACACGCCCCGGAAGGCCCAACCGGCGUUAGGGUUUCGCCGACCUGGUGCUCUCCGAGGCGCCGCCGCCACCGGCGGCGGCAGCCUCUCAGACGCCGACGGCCCCCUCCUGCUCCCGCUCCCCCUCCCCCUCCCCCUCUGGCCCCCCUCCUCGUUCCAACCCCGAACCUCACCAUUUGAGCGCCACUGCUGGCCAUGGUGGGCUCUCCGUGCAGGCACCGGCCAUGAUGGUCGCCUCGACGCCGUCGGCACCGACCUCCCCGCAGCCUCAGCUGGAGAGCUCCGGCACUGGGGCGCAGCCGCCGCCCUCCCCGCCCACGAAGCCGCCGUCCGCGGGAUCUUGCGCUGGACAGCCUGCGCGAGGCAUGCCCACGCCGCCGUCGGCGCUGGGCUCGGCCGCCGCGGCCAUCGACGCCAGCAGCAGCGCCGCCGCGGGAUCCAGCGCAAGGGCGCCUCCACGGCUUUUCCCGAUGCCCUUGCCGACGAUGACGCAAGGGACCGCCAACGCGGAGCGUGCGGCUCAAUCGCCGCCACCGCCCAUCGAGGUCCUCGGGGAGACCAUCAGCACGAUGUUGCCGCCGCCGCGGCCACCUCCUCCACCGGCACACAUUCGCCAGCCGUGGCCAGCCCGCCCCCGUGCGUGGGGGCCAGAUUAGCGUCAAACGGCGACCCAUCGAGCCCAACACCAAAGUCGUCGGCCUGGCGACCGCAGGCAGCCACGGCGCCGCCGGACUCCCCCAACCCGACCUCCCCCAGCCCGCCAGCCGCCGCCCCGGCAUCGGCGGGCACCCAGCUGCCCUUGACCUCCUCCACAGGUACGGGCCCAGCCACCCUCUCCCCCAACGCCACCCCUUUCUUCCCCACCGGGACCCCAAGGUGCUCCAAGGCCAUGAGAUGGUCUGAGGAGUCCGACCUCUCCGACUAUGACAACGACGCCGACGCCGACGCCAAGUCCGCGCCACCAUCUCGGGGGUCCUACCUCGAUGCCGUACGCUGGGGCUCUCCGGAGCACUACAUGUUCAAUUCCCAUGUUGGACAAGCCCCACUGUUGCAAAUUAAUCUGCCCACUGGCAUCUUGCUACGGACUCCACUGCACACUGUCUUCACCACAUGGCCGAUGCAGCAAGCAGCAUGCAUGCUCAUGCUCUACGCCUCUAGCCCGAACUCUGAGACGACCGUGCUCGCUAGCGUCGCGUGCCGCCGCUGGACCAGGGCAUCCGCCGCGGAAAUUAUGGGCGUGCCAGCGUGGCUACAGGCCCACCCACUGCAUGAUUCCCUGCCGCGACGCUUCAGAUCGGUGUCCAAGCAGGCAGAAGCAAGCGUCGCCAUAAACUCUGCCUCGCCUAAUCCGGGCGAAGCGAAGGCACACACACGCAUCCACUGGUGUAUUCAUAACUGUUGUGAUGGUGAUGAGGAUCAACUUGAUCCGGUGAAGGGUACCAGGCCGUCCUUUUUCAGGGCGCGUCCGUGCAAAGGAAAAAUUUGA